GGGCGCGGGGCAGACGGGCGGGAGCGGCGGCAGGAGCUGGCGGGGCCCUUGUGCCCGGCCGGGGCUGCAGGGUAGCUCAGGCAGCACGUGGAUCGGUGACAAGUCUGCUGAGGACUGGCAAUUUUUUCUAGCUUGAAGAAAAUUGAAAUAGGCUGAAAAUGAGUACAAUAUUGGAAACCUCUGAGCUGCCAGCAGUGUUUGAUGGGGUGAAGCUAGCUGCAGUUGCUGCUGUUCUGUAUGUUAUCGUUCGCUGCUUGAAUUUAAAAAGCCCCACUGCCCCUCCUGAACUCAUUUACCAGGACUCUGCUUUGGCUCGCUUUCUACUCAAAUCCUGCCCACUUCUGACCAAAGAGUACAUUCCACCCCUCAUCUGGGGAAAGAGUGGACAUAUCCAGACAGCUCUUUAUGGAAAAAUGGGGAGAGUGAGAUCACCACAUCCAAAUGGACACCGAAAGUACCUGACCAUGCCAGAUGGAGCAACAGCCACCUUUGAUCUCUUUGAGCCACGCUCUGAGCACUGCACUGGAGAGGAUGUCACAAUGGUGAUCUGCCCAGGGAUUGCCAACCACAGUGAGAAGCAGUACAUCCGCACCUUUGUUGACUAUGCCCAGAAAAAUGGCUACAGAUGUGCUGUGCUCAAUCACCUGGGAGCCCUGCCAAACAUUGAGCUCACUUCACCACGGAUGUUUACCUAUGGAUGCACCUGGGAAUUUGGUGCCAUGGUGAAUUACAUCAAGAAGACCUACCCUCAGACCCAGCUGAUUGUUGUGGGCUUCAGCCUGGGUGGAAACAUAGUGUGCAAAUACCUGGGAGAGAGCCAGGCCAACCAGGAGCGAGUGCUGUGCUGUGUCAGCUUGUGCCAGGGGUACAGUGCACUCAGGGCACAGGAAACCUUCAUGCAGUGGGAUCAUUGCAGAAGAUUUUAUAACUUCCUCAUGGCAGACAACAUGAAGAAGAUCAUCCUUUCUCACAGGCAAGCUCUUUUUGGAGAUAACAUGAAGAAGCCACAUAGCCUGUCAGAAGCUGAUCUGGGCAAGCUCUAUACAGCAACAUCACUUAUGCAGAUUGAUGAUAAUGUUAUGAGGAAAUUCCAUGGCUACAGCUCACUGAAGGAAUACUAUGAAGAGGAAAGUUGCCUGCAUUACUUGCACAGGAUCAAUGUUCCUCUUCUGUUGGUUAAUGCUGCUGAUGACCCUCUUGUUCAUGAGAGUCUUCUAUCAAUUCCAAGAGCUCUUUCAGAGAAAAAGGAGAAUGUCAUGCAUGUGCUGCCCCUUCAUGGAGGCCACCUGGGAUUUUUUGAGGGGUCUGUGCUGUUCCCAGAGCCUCUUACCUGGAUGGAUAAGCUUGUGGUGCAGUAUGCCAAUGCCAUCUGCCAGUGGGAGAAGACAAAGCCUCACUGCUCAGAUGCUGAGCAGGCUGUGUCUGGCCAGGAGUAAUCGACCCAAAGACUCUGGAUCACUUCAGUAAAUCUCUAUUUGGGAACAUCUUGUUCCCUCACCUGCUGCUUCAGGUCUCCAUUCUCCUUGAUAUUCUAUGGCUGGGGUUUGAUCACCAUGUGUUUUUUUCCAAAAUUGAGUUAAAGCAGAGGUUAACAACUGGUCAGAGCCUCUUUGGAUAUCCAGUCACGUGGAUUUGUAAUUUACUGCUCUGCUUGAAGAAUUGGGUUGCCGUCUUUAGCUUGUUCCAGGGCUACUGAGCUAAAGACUGCUUGCUUUAAUAUAGCAGAAGUUUCACAUGUCAAAAUCUCUUUACCUGCUGGUCAAAAAUUUGAUCUGCAGCAUUUGUUUAGGUGUAGAUGAUGGGAUAACUGUGGCUCUCUUCUCUCUGGGUGCUGGAAAAUCCCUGUACCAAGCCACAAGCCAGUGAGUGAUUCAGCCUGUAAGGCACUACAGUGUGGCUUGGAAAAACAGGUGCUUGACUGCAAGUGUAGUGUCAGCUUUGCACCAUCUCAAGGGAAACCUUUUAGUACCUAGGAAUGCACUUGCACAAGUGAAUCACUUUAAAAAUAUUCAACUUUUCCAUGCUUGAGCUGUGAGUGGAUUGGGGUGGCUUUAUGCUGCAUCUCCAAGUAGAGAAAAGCUGCAGCCUGGUAAUGCCAGUUAAUGUUUCUGUGUAAACAUGUUCUCACUUCAGGACCUGAUCAGUCACCUUCUUGUCACCUUUGCCUCUUUUGAAAUACUGUUAUCUUUUCAGUACUGGAUUCUUUGUUUGACCUGGGUCUUUUUAAAGCUGGCUCUAGCUUCCAAAUGGAAACCCAUGAUUAAGAAUCUGCAGGAUUUUUUUUCUGUGAGCUCAAUUUGCUUGAAAGACUAUUUAAUGGAGAACUAUUGUACUCUCUUAGGGAUUAAUUGGUGGGGGGUAGGGUGUAUCUGUUUAGAUUUACUCCCCUUAUGUCAGGGUAAAUAAUAUCAAAAUUCCUCCCAUUAGCUUUCAGAGCAUCAGGUGGGUUUGAGACAUGUGACUUGCCUUACAGUUGAUGUGGAACUGGUGUCCCCAGCCCUGUGCAGCUGAACUGACAUCUUUGCAUGGCUGACUACUUCGAGAUCUGUGUAAUCUGUAGGAUUACUGGCUCCAGUAAGACACUGGGCUCUUUCUCACUAGAAUUUUUUUUUUUGACAACCAGACAUCCCCUUCUAGUUUUAAUGUGCAAAGUGAAGUGUGAAAGCUGUUUGCAGGAAAGCUGGCUACUCACCUGUGCUUUUCCCUCAAGUGGCAGCUAUGGUCUGUGCCAAAAUAGUUAUUAAAGGAAAGUUGUCCCAUGACAAUCUGGAGACUGAAACUAGUGGUAAAAAUCUUUUUUUUUUUUUUUUUUUUGCCCCUUACUGUUUGUUCUCUCAAUAUUGUAGAGUCUUUAAUCCAUCUGUAGGGUUUCUUUAUCACAGUGUCAGUGAAGUUCUUUUCCUGUCACAACUUCCCUCAUCAGCACUUUAUUGCUUCAGCCUUGGUCUGUGUUCAGGCACUUUAAUUUAUAGCUUAAGGGUGAAACAAGCUGCAAGUCUUCAGGUUGGUAACAGCAAACCUGGGGAACAAGCCUCCUGGACUGCCCUGUUCCUGAACUUCAGUAGGUUGAGUAGGUGGGGUUUCAUUUUAAUAAAGCAAUAAUUAACUAUUGUAGCAAAGAUGCAUUGUCAUAUCAGGAAAUUCCUUUCAUUUGCCUUAGGCCAAACACCUUGGCCUGUGAUCCACAGUGAACUGUGGAUGUCUGCACAUUCUUCUAGUCAGUAAAUCUGGGCUUCUUUUUUUCUUCAAAGAGAAGAUGAAACUAAGUAAAGCUGCAGAAAGAUUUGGCUGUGCUUGUGGCUGUUCCUUAAGAACUAUUUUAGGGCAUCAGUUAGCAAGGAUAUUCUUAGCUGAUGGAUAUCUUGUCUCUGUGUUAUGUUCUUAUUCAUACUGCAUCACUAAAGUAUGUCAUAAAAGACAUUUCAGUUUUUUUGCUUAAGUAGUGUUCAUGUAAUAUUCAUUGGGUAUGACUUAAAUAUCUCCUCACUUCAGCAGAAGUGGAGUGUAAACAACACAUGUACACAUCAAAUAGCUACAGUAUAAAUUUAGGUGUCUAAGUCUCCCAAAAUGAGGUGAGCAACUGGACAGUUCUCAAAGCAGCAGGAUCUGUAGUUUUGUCUAAUCAAGUAGAGAUUUUUCUUUAACCUUGGAGAGCCUUUCUGAGGAGUACUCCUUCCUACCCCACAACCCAAGCCUUCAGAAGUGCCAGUGCUGUGGACUUUCUGAAACUCUCCACUACAGAAGUACCAUGGGUCUCUGUCUUGCUCCUUUGCCCUGGUUUUGCACUUGAAUCUAAAACUGCUCAAAUCACUUGUGACUUGACUGAGUCUGGCUUAUUUGGGGAAGGACAGCUUUUGUUGUGGCUUUUUUGUGCAAGGUUUCUGGAGCUUCAGCUUAAGCCUGUAGGUGGAAGCAGUGUAAAAACAA